AGACAAAGCAACGAGGUAUCCUGCUUCCCCAAGCCAGAUGCCUUCAACCCGUGCGAGGACAUCAUGAGCUCCACCUAUCUGCACGUGUUCAUCUGGCUCAUCAGCAUGUUGGCGAUCGCUGGCAACCUGCUGGUGCUAGCCGCGCUGCUGAGCAGCCCCAACAAGCUGACCGUGCCACGCUUCCUCAGGUGUAACCUGGCCUUCGCUGACCUCUGCAUUGGUGUCUACCUGCUGAUCAUCGCCGCCAUGGACACCCACACUCGCUCGCAAUACUACAACUACGGGAUCGAUUGGCAGGCAGGGCCCGGAUGCACCGUUGCCGGCUUCAUCAGCGUCUUUGCCAGGGAGCUGUCGGUCUACACGUUCACAGUGGUCGCUCUUCAGAGGUGGUACACCAUGUCUGCGCUCCAAGCGGCCCAACGCGUCCGGCUGUGGCACGCUUGUGCCGUCAUGACCGUCGGCUGGGUCUUCGCCUUGCUGGCCGCCGUGCUCCCUGUGGUCGGGGUUAGCAGCUACUCCAAAGUGAGCAUCUGCCUGCCGAUGGACGUGGAGACGACAGGAGCUCAGGUGUACGUGGUGGGGCUGCUGCUACUGAACGUCCUGGGCAUCCUGGUAGUGUGCAUCUGCCACCUACGCAUCUACCUGGCUCUGCGCAAUCUCAGCUUUAUUCCAGCCGGUGCCGACAUCGACGUGGCGAAGCGGAUGUCUGUGCUCAUCUUCACCAACUUCCUCUGCAUGGCUCCCAUCCCCUUCUUCGCAAUCUGUGACGCGCUCAAGCUACCCCUCAUCACCAUGUCCCACGCCAAGGUGCUGCUGGUGUUCGUCUACCACAUCAACUCGUGCGCCAACCCCUUCCUCUACGUCUUCUGUACCAAGAGCUUCAAGAGGGACGUCUUCAUCCUGGCCAGCCGCUUUGGAUGCUUCAAAGCCAGAGCGCAGAUGUACCGCGCCGAGAUGUCUUCACCCUAGAACAGAGUCUUGGUGCCCACCUCCAAUGAUACCAUCUUCUCUCUGGAGCCAAUUAACCAUAUCCACUGAGCUUAUUCAUUGAAUUUAGUUUUUUCAGUAUUCAGUAGUUUUACAUUUAUUCAUUUAGCUGGUGCUUUUCACCAAAGCAACUUAGAAUGUUAAGGUUACAACUACAAGCUCAU